CGCCCGCCCGCCCCGCACACGCCGGCAUGGCCGCCGACCGCGCCAAUAAGGCGCUGCCGAAGCUGAAGGAGCGCGCCGGCGCGAGGGAGAACGCCAAGGCCAUCACGCGCAAGAUGCUGAAGACGGGCGGGCGCGGCCAGCGGCGCGAGCGUGCCGGCCAGAAGCGGGACGUGGUGCAAGAUUGGGAGCAGCCGGCCACCGCCGACAAGAAGAAGAACUCGCGACGCGAGAAGAAGAAGGCGGUGAAGAGUCGUCAGAAGGAGCGGCCGGACGACGUCAAGUUCACCAGCCUGGUGGACAAGUACCGGCAGAAGCUGGCAGCGGCGCCGGCCGCCGGCGCGCGCUGGUUCCAGUGAUGUCGCUGGCCGCGUGAUGAGGUGGGGAGGGGCGGGGGAGGCGCGUACGUUUGGGUGUGAUGAAGUGGCCGGCCACUGUUACUGCGGUGUGGGUUACGUGACGAAUGCUGUUGCUGCGUUAAUGUCGGGAGCCUGGGCCGAAACUGGCUGCUUGCUCAGGUUUAGGAUGACAAAUGAAGGCUUGGUGAUGAUUCGCCCGUAUACCUGAGCAAUAUAUGGAGCAAGAA